GGGCGUAAGCUCUUUUUUUGGUUGGCUUUUGCUCUCAUCUUCAAGGCGCAAUGGCGUCCCAAGGUUCUACUAUUCACUCACGACGACGGCAAGGCAGAGGUCGGGCUGGCUCAUUGCACCGCAUCGAGACUGACCCUGGCCACCAUCUAACAGGCCCAUUCAUGGCACAAACCCCUAUCGGUUCAAAUACCCCCGAUUCCAACGGUUCCCCUGUAUCACUCAAAGGAAGCGGGUUCAACCAUACCAAGCAUGCAGAAGGCUUCUUGGCUGAUCUCAAGAGCGCCAGAUGGGUGGUAGAGCCUGCUUCAUCCCUCAAGUUACUCAUGAUUCCUGUUAUAUUAUACCUAAACUGGCAUUUUCUUAGCCCAUAUGUCUCUCCUAACUCCCCCAAUCCCUUCGAGCCGAUGUUGUUCAUCUCCCACCGUGUCCCUUCGUCACCGGACGACAAACCUCUAUAUGCAAAAGGCUAUUUCGACUUACUGUUUAUCGCAUACUAUGUCAUAUUCUUCUCAUUUUUGCGACAGUUCAUUACCAUAAUCAUCUCUCAGCCUGUUGCAAGGUACUUCGGCAUCAGGAAGCAAGGAAAGUUGGACAGAUUUGGUGAACAAGGUUAUGCACUAGUGUAUUUCGCUGUGAUGGGCGCAUGGGGUCUUCGUAUAAUGUCACAAUUGCCUACUUGGUGGUAUCGUACAGAUUCCUUUUGGAUAGACUAUCCUCAGUGGCAAAUGCAUCCAGAGCUAAAGCGUUACUACCUAAUGCACUCCGCCUACUGGUGUCAACAGUUCAUAGUCCUCCUACUUCGUCUCGAAAAGCCACGGUCAGAUUAUACAGAACUAAUUGCACACCACAUUGUCACGUUGUGGUUAAUUGGGUGGAGUUAUCUAGUCAAUCUCACCCUUAUAGGUCAUGCUGUUCACAUGAGCAUGGAUAUCCCUGAUGCUUUCUUGGCUUUCUCGAAGUUAUUGAACUAUAUCCAGUGGGAAAAAUCCAAGUCUAUUGCUUUUUUGGUAUUUAUUUGUAUUUGGACAUAUUUCCGACAUUGGUUGAACCUUGUCAUAUUGUGGUCAGUCUGGUAUGAGUUUGACUUAAUACCAGAAGCGUCGAGAGCAUGGAUACCAGAAAAUGGAGUAUGGCUAACGUGGUGGAUGAAAUAUCAAAUAUUUACCCCCCUCGUGCUUCUUCACAUGCUGAACAUCUUCUGGUCCUUCUUGAUGUGGCGUAUUUUGAUACGUUCAAUUAAGACUGCUGUGACGGUCACAGAUGAACGAUCUGACGACGAGGAUGACGAUGAGGAUGAUUAGAAGAAUGAUCAAGCUUAACAAACGACAGUGCUUGUCGAGUUACAUAUUAGAUCAACGAAUUCUUUCUUUGAUACCUUGGAUAUCCACCAAUAUAAAACUAACGAUAACCGAAGUAAAUAUCCUGGAGAUAAAUAGGAGCAAGCGUACAAAUACCCUUCACAUUCAUAUUCAUUUUUCUUCUACUUCUUUCUUUCUAGGAACUGAUUUUAGCAGCAGCAUUUUCGGUUGUCUUUGUGUCGUCAUUAUCAUUAGUGUUUGUUGGGGGAGUACGUAGCUCUCCGGUUUUCAAAUUAUACCCUGAAUACGAGGCAAAAAGCCCUUCCUGGUCUGAAAAGUCAUCUUCAUCUUCCCAAGCUUGAAAUUGCACUUUGACGCCAGCUCCAACGUGAGAUCCAUUGAUAGAGUUGGCGGUGUCUGUGCGAUUGGGCCAACGUUUCUCUCGUUGUAUGUCCAAGGGAUCACCGGACGCCAUCGCUGUCAAGGCCUGUAGUGUAUG